CCGGCCCCCCACGGCAGUCGGCCCGGGAGCGGGAAGGAAGCAGAGUGAGCGACAGAGACCCCGACUUCGUCCCGUCAGACUCACCCCGGUACGGCGUAUGUCCGCCUGUCACAACCUGCAGAGCUUCGAUCCCUUUGCUGAUGCGCUUAAGGGCGAUGACUUGCUCCCUUCUGGGGCUGAGGACUACAUACAUAUAAGGAUCCAGCAGAGGAACGGUCGCAAGACCCUCACCACGGUCCAGGGGAUUGCGGACGAGUAUGACAAAAGAAAGCUCCUCAGGCACUUCAAAAAGCAGUUUGCCUGCAACGGCACUGUGAUCGAACACCCAGAGUACGGUGAGGUGAUCCAAGUUCAAGGUGACCAGCGUAAGAACAUCUGCAAAUUCCUCGUGGAGGUUGGCAUCGUCAAGGAAGAGCAACUCAAGGUCCAUGGUUUCUAAUAAACCCGAGCCCUGUGGAUCCAUAGCCUGUUCGAUAAUGAUAGCGGCCCCUCCACCCUGUCUCGUGGACGAUCCCCGGCCAGCGAGUCUGCGGGAUGAACUCCUCACCUCUCUCCACCUGCUGCAGCCAGCUCUUUUCGACCCAAUCGCUUCCGUCCCAGUUGACGUCAGAUGUGUUUUGUAGUGUUUGAGAUCGCUUUUAGAACUUCUGUCUUUUUGUACAGUGUUUAAUAAUAAAAAAAAACA